ACGCUUUUCCUUCCGUCCGGCACCAGAUCCUUACUGUCAAGCUAAAUACACUUUCUGUCCAACUGGCUCCCCUACCCCAGUUAUGAAGGGUGAUGAUGUCAUUGAAGUCUUUCGGUUACAAGCCCCAGUAUGGGAAUUUAAAUAUGGAGACCUCCUGGGACACUUGAAAAUUAUGCACGAUGCCAUUGGAUUCAAGAGUACUUUAACUGGCAAGAACUACACAAUGGAAUGGUAUGAACUUUUCCAACUUGGAAACUGCACAUUUCCCCAUCUCCGACCUGAAAUGAAUGCCCCAUUCUGGUGUAAUCAAGGAGCUGCCUGCUUUUUUGAAGGAAUUGAUGAUGGUCACUGGAAGGAGAAUGGGACGUUAGUUCAAGUAGCAACCAUAUCAGGAAACAUGUUUAACAAAAUGGCACAGUGGGUAAAACAGGACAAUGAAACAGGGAUUUAUUAUGAGACAUGGACUGUCCAAGCCAGCCCAGAAAAAGGGGCAGAGACAUGGUUUGAAUCCUACGACUGUUCCAAAUUUGUGUUAAGGACAUAUAAGAAGUUGGCUGAACUUGGAGCAGAGUUCAAGAAGAUAGAAACCAACUACACAAGAAUAUUUCUUUACAGUGGAGAACCUACUUUUUUGGGAAAUGAAACAUCUGUUUUUGGGCCAACUGGAAAUAAGACUCUUGCUUUAGACAUAAAAAGGUUUUAUUACCCCUUCAAACCACAUUUGUCAACUAAAGAAUUUCUCUUGAGUCUUGUAAAAAUUUUUGAUGCAGUGAUUAUACACAGACAGUUCUAUUUGUUUUAUAAUUUUGAAUAUUGGUUUUUACCUAUGAAAUUUCCUUUUAUUAAAAUAACAUAUGAAGAAAUCCCUUUACCUAACAGAAACAACACAAUCUCUGGUUUAUAAAAUCUUUAUUCUACUGAUUUGUAUCCUUCUACCACCAGCAUAUCAGUCUUUCAUGGAGUUGUUUUACAUUUGUGUAUUUUUUAGGCCUUUCUUCCUUGGGGCAGAAAGGUAAAAUGCACAGGGGCAGAAUUGCUGCAUAAUAAUAUCUCAGGAAUUUUUUUGGAAAGAAGCUGAAACUCUAAUAGUGUUGGCCCAAGUGAGCACAUUAUGUGAUCUUGAUUUCAAUCUCCCAACCCUUUAUUAACAUGGAGAAUUACAGUUUAUAUCAGCUAUAUAGGCUCUUUAUACCCAACAUUUUAAAAUCAUGAAUACAGUGUACCAAGAUUUUAAAAUUAGCCCCAGUGACAUUUUCGUGGUAGGAGCUAUUGUCUUCUGGUAUGGUAGUUACCCUUUUACACUUAAGUACUCUUUGGUAGUUUAGACUGACUUUACAGCUCUUGCAGCUUUUGGAACUGUUCUAUUAGUUUGAUUUUGUUCCGUCCACUUAAAGCUAAAGACUAAUCUGGACACCAUAUGUAGAGUGGCUGUGGUUCCAGAUGAAAAAGAGCACAAGUGUUUGGCUAGUAUUUUAGAACUAGCUAGUAACUGGCAUUGUGUGAUAUAAGCAACUUAAUACUUUCGAACCUUAGUUUUCUUAGCUCUAAAAUGAUUCAUCUGUGAGGACUGUUGUAAAGAUUGAAGCCAUGUAUGUUUGACAUAGUAAGGUCACAAUAAAUAGUAGCUAUAAAGAUUAAUCGAAGAAUGAACUGGAUCUUGCCUAAUGAAACUAAUGGGCGUUACUGACUGCAGACAUGUCUGGGUGAUAGGUGCCCUGACUCCUUCACUGCCACUGUAGCCCCCCUCUGCCCACUGAAGCUGCCAGCUCGGAGGAAGAGGGUAAACUUCUCAUCCAGAGGACAGGUUUUUGGCAGGGGUCUCCAAGUAGCUGUACUUCCAAUUAGGGCCAUCAAACAAGGUUACAGGGUCCUUUAAGUGUCUGAUGAUCAGCUGAACACAUUGUCUCUAUUCAUGGAAAAAACAGUAAGAUGAUGAAGCAAGAAUCAGAGAAAAAAACACCUGUGUUUAGUGUUUACUGUACCAAUCAUAUUCAGUUUCUGUUAACAUUUGAGUGCUUCCUGAGAGGUUAGUACAUGAUCUCUGAGGUCUCAUAAAAAGCCUAAGCAUGGAUAUUAUUUACCUGGUCCACACGAGUAAAUAGGCUUUAGAAAGCUUAAGGGACCUUUUCCAUGGCUACCCAGCGAGCAUUAAGAGCCACGUUUGAACCAAGUUCUACUGACUGAAUGGGAUGCACUCUCAAGCAAGCUUUGUCAGCGCUGGUGUGUCCUCAGACCAAUGCCUGCAUCAUGGCCCUUAGGAGAGAAGUACAGAUACUGACAGGAAGCAUUUAGAAACUUCAACUUGUUGGAGUAAUUUUGUUUCUGAUGAAUCUAAUUUUUUAAAAAAUAGGGCUUGUAUUUUAUGUCAUUUUAUAAUUCAUUUGUGGAGGAAUUCACUUUUAUUUUUCAAAUUAUAGGCACUAUACGAUAGCCUGAAAAUAAAAACCCAGCCCGUUACUACAGAUAGCUUGAGAAAUUGCAGAGCCUUACUCAAGUACAUAGGGAGAACUUGGAUCUUUGCAUUAUCUCUAUCUACUGGCUACAACUGGGUAAGGCCGUCUUUUACUGGGUUCUUAGGAAAGUUGUUCCAGGAAAACAAUAGUUUAGAUUUACAGAGUUGCAUUGGGAUAAUAAGCAAACUCCUGUGCCAAGUUUGUUAGCUGUGCACCACAGAACUUGGUUCCAGAGCAAAGCUGAAUGAGGACAUCUGUAGAUGGAACCUGAAUUUUUAAGCAAUAUUCUAAUAGUUACGUUAAAAAAGCAUUCAAGAUUUUUAAUUGUUCCUAAGAAUACUAAUAAAUGAAGAAAUUCCGUGAAAGUAGCAGACUCAGGUGACUAGCACAAAAAGCAUAACAUUCAUAUAAGUAAGUACUUUUUAAGAAUUUUCUAAACCUCUCGAACUAUCCUUAAAAGAUGAAGUAGGGCUUUUCGAUAGAGAUGAUUCAAGAAUGUUUUCAAAAUAGGAGUUGGGCCACGCAGGAAUUUACCAAUUAAAUGCAGACCUUUGAAAUACUGUAUAACUUCAGUGUGAUUGCUACUUUUCUGUUAAGUUGUAAAUUGAUAAAAUUUCCUCUGUUUAAGAGAAACCAUUUUGUUGAAGUUUGAAUUAUAUAAGGGCUUUACAAUAAAUAUACCCUCACUUAUUAAUUCUG